CAUCCAUGGAAUGUGUCCCGGGCUUUUGCAAUGUGGCGGCGAUGGCGGUGUGCUCUUCGCGUUCCUAGGCGGUAGAGGCGGUAGCGGCGCUGCGGCCGCGGCAUAGCGCUCGAAUGCGCCUGCCGCCUUUGUCUUGAGGGAUUCCACUGCAAUCUGGGAAAAUAUUUUGCGUGAGGUGAGGGUUUCUCGAUCGCCAAACAGUGUAGGAGCUCCUAAAUCUCUCACAUCGGUAGCAAGAAUCUAGCUACUGUUCCUUUUGGCCGCUUGCGGAGGAGCUGGACCUAGCGGCAUCGCCCCCGAUGGGGAAAUAGGCCUAGAAUGACAGAUUUUGAGAGCAAAGGAGGCCAUGAACACAUUCGCGGUCGAGGAUUUGAGGCACUGGACACGAAAUCCACUUGGUCUUCUUUCGAUGAAAUAGCUUGGGAUGACUUCGGUGGCGACGAUCACAGCGUGCCAGAGCCUGACGAACGGGUGCCGUCAUUGUGGCUGAGAAGAAAGAAAGACCCAAAGCUCUGGAAGGAGUUAAAAGAGGAAGAACAGCCAUCGAAAAUGGAUGCCGAGGCCACGACCAUGGACGUGGAUAGCUGGGACAGUCUCAACGUAGGGGAGCUUGGGGCCGUUCCAGACAAUCUCACAGGCAUUGGAAACCAUUUGAAGGAGGAGUCACCGGAUGCUUUGCCACUGCUGGAUGGAGGCGUGGCGAUGUGCCUUAACGAGUACAACGAUGGCGACGCCGGGCACUUUGCUUUCUCGGCUGUUCCAAGCGAGGAGGAGAUGACGCUGUUUGGCGGUGAAAGCGACGCUGGAAAAGGAAGUGCUCUACUAAGUUACGCGUGGGAGAACCUCGAGGACAUGGACAAUCUAUUUCAAAGCGAGGAAGCACCAUUUUCUCAAGAUGCGACCGAUGCUUUGCUUCAAUGGCCCGCUUCAUCUUCGUCUCCAGACUCCAACUCUCCGGUGACGAAUGCCAAAGCGGCGUGUGCCAGCCCGGAGUUGAGAGCGAUGAAGGGAAAGUCGCACGACCAGGACAUGAAAAUGGAGUUUAUUCCGUGCGAGAGCUUUGACAAGAACUCGGACGCAUGCGCAAGCAUUGCCGAUGGUGAAAGUGCAGCGACUGAUCUUUCGACUGCCGAGCUAAAGUUUGCAGCUUACGAGGAGCAGCGAGGCGACAUUGACAAGACUCCAGCGGAGGAUUCCAUGGAGCCGCUCUUGUCCCCAAAGGGGAAACAACAGGUCUCUGACACAGACAAGGCUCAUCCAGGAAAGAGACAAGCAUCCAAUAGAAAACGCAGUGAUGAGCGAUCCAGAAAGCAAAUUUACCCGAAGAGACCUGGCAUCAGUUAUGCGAAACAGCAACCUUCAACUCAAUUUUCUUCGUCCCAGCCGUUGCAGCUAAAACCAACUGUAGCUUCAACUCUGCAGGUCUAUCCUCAUGUUACCGGACCGGCAGUGCUGGGAACCAUGCAUCACAGGCCGCAGUACAUUGGCCCAGUCCACCAUUCUUCUUAUAUGAUUCAACCAGCGCAGUCACAGCAUUCGCAAGCCGUUAUGAUGUGCUACGAUCAAGCCGAGCAACAAAGGGUCGGCCAGGAAACAAGGCAGAAACUAGCGCCCCCGCCGCCGCCGUCGUUGUCCGGAACAAACAUGACGCCUCAAGAGAAGAUUGAGAAACUGCGGUGGAAACAAAAGAUGCACCGAUUAGCGUCGGAGCAGCACCAGCAGAUGGCCAAGCAGUGUGGACUUUCCAUGGAUCCGUGUCCGCCACAGCAAGGAGCUCGGAGCGAGACGCCUAUAGAUGCAGACGACAAGGCGAAUGUGAAGUCGGAAGAUGGCGAUGGAGCGCGAGCUACAGUUGUGGACAGCGCAGUUGUCAGUCAGCUUCUCGGCAUAAUGUCUAAGCUGGACGUAGGAACGAGGAUUUGCAUCCGGGAUGCGCUCUAUCGGCUUGCGAGAAGCGCCAUAACUCGUCACACUUCUGAUGGCCCGAGCAGCAGCGAAGGCUCCAAUAACUCGGCGGGCGACAACUCUCUGAGUAGAGCUAUCAGAUAUCCACUGCUGGAAACCGAGACCAAUCCCAUCGACCGGACAAUCGCAAAUCUCCUGUUCCACAAGCGCAGCAGCAGCAACAGUGCCAACAACAGCAACAGUAGCAACAACAGCACUGGCUCCGCAGUGAACAUCCCGUGCCUCCAGGAAAAUCAAGCUCCCUGGACCUGGCAGCAGCAGCAGCACCACCAACAACAGGAAGCUCGAUUAUCUCAGCAACAACAGCAGCAGCAAGAGCUUCCAUCGUCCGAGCUCACAGCACCCGACGAGAAAUCCUUGCGCGAUGAUUGCUCGAGCGAGAUCGCGGAGGAAGCGAGCGAUGGCAGAAAAAAGGGUGCUAAGCCGGGUGGUGACGGUGGCUACGGCCAGAGCGUCAAGAGCCAUAGGAAGCGGGAGGCGAGCAGUAGCGAGUUUUUGUCGAACGAGGAAGGAGAUAGCCCGAGAAUUGGGAGGGGGGCGUGUAGCAGCAGCAGCGAUAGCUCUAGAGGCCAUGGCAAAGCAGCGAAGACGGGGAUUCAAUAGCAUAUAGAGACGAAACGAGCCAAUGUACACACACCACGAGCAAAGGAUCACAUUUAAAAUAUAGAUGCGCAUAAUUUCUUAGAA